UAAACAAGCACUGGCCGUCCCUCGAUCGUGCUGCGUAUGUGUAUACCACCUUGUAGAAUUUAGAUCAGAGAGAUUUGGUAGAAAUGGCCGAAGCACCGACGACGGGUGGCGAGGUCCUGACUCCAAACGAUGCCGUCAAAGUACUGGAGGAGCUACUACCAGCACAAAACCAGUCCUACGAACUGGGCUUGAGGUUGAAUCUAAAGCCACACGAAGUAAAGAGCAUCCACGCGACCAUUUCCGAGCCGCGCAAACGCCUUCUUGAGAUCGUGUUGGAGUUCCUGAACCAAGUAGAGCCCAGACCAACCUGGAGAGUCAUUGUAGAUGCUCUCAAAAGUCCUGCAGUCAAUCUUCCUCAGCUAGCAAUGACUGUGGUGGCAGCUCACUUUCCUGACUCUACACCAGCACUCGUACCUGAAGCCAGUGUCUCUUCCUCUCAGAGUCCGGCCACCUCCUCUCAACCAGGCCUCUCCUCACCUCUCCAUGGUUCUGGAGCCUCACCACUCAAAGUAGACUAUCAACCAGACAUACCACAACCAACAACUGGGGAUGCAGUGACUGAACUCCAGCAUCGACCAGAGUCACCUCAGCCUAGUCCAAUGACCACUCAGUAUGUCCAGGCCAAGAUUAGAAGGUUUGAGAAGAGGUUCAAUGACCUGAAGAAGGCUGCCAGGGGGUGCCUCGAGAAACGCAAGAUUUCUGUCAAGCAAGUCGUUGACGCUCUCACGUCAAUGCCUGCAGAUGACAUUGAGGAACAUGAACUGUUUCUGAAAGACAAUCUGAGCGAUCUCUACCAGUCUUUUGACAUCUCGGAGCUGAUUGGAAAGUUGAGCCUACUGCAGUGGAACUACCUGUCCUACCAGCUGCUGGACUACCUGAUCAAGGAGUUUGGUUUUGAGGUGAGGAGGGAGAUGGAGGCCUACAAGUUAGAUCUGCAGAAGUUCCGCCAGAAGACACCACUAGCUCUGUUCUGCCAGUGUCAGAAGAAGAGGAGAAGGAAGCCGUCUGAGGAAUUCAAGGAGAUGGUCGCCGAGUUUGACUGGCCGCACGAAGUGACACUGGAAGUUGUGGAGCAGUUUCGACAAGAGUAUGCCUAUCACUACAAGCUUCGAGACUGUGCCAUGAUAGUAGCUGAGAUUCCGUCCCGGUUCCUUCAUCAUCACCUGGUUCAUACCAGAGUCCAUUGUCAAGAAACUGAGAGAAGACAUCCCUCACCACAUCCUCAAGAAGUAUACUGUCGUUAGCCUUCAAAUUGCAGGAGUCAAGGUUUAUCCACCUCCUCAGAAGUCAGCAGCAGUCUCGUCACCUGGUCCUGGACCUUCAGCUGGUGGUGCCGCUGCUUCUGUUGAGAAAUCACCUCCUCAACCCAAGACAGAGGAGUCCCGUCUCUCACCAGAAGAGGAUUACCCCUUCGUUGAGAAGCCAUCAGAGGAUUUCUUCUGUCCGGUGACGUUGGGUCUACUGCUCCAGCCUCACCUCACGUCAUGCUGUGGUAAACAUCUCUCAGAGGAGUCUGCCACCAGAAUACAGGGAGAGGGAGGACCAUGUCCACUCUGCAAGUCUCCUGACUGGAGUACCGUUUUGGACAAACACGUCCGUCGACAAGUGAAGGAGCUUCAUGUGUUCUGUCGUCACAAGGAGAAAGGCUGUUGGUGGAAAGGAGAGUUGUCUGACUUUACACAACAUGUCCAUUCUUGCCAGUUCAGAUAUCUACAAGUCUCUACCCAGGUAAGAACAGAGCUCCACGAUGCUGCUGAGAGAGGAGAUGUGGAGGCAGUUGAGAGACUCCUCUCCACUUCUGUCAAUAUCAACUCCAGGACUGAGGAUGAAGGAUACACUGCUCUACUGUUAGCCUCUCGCAGAGGUGAUGUUGAGGUUGUACGUCUGUUGCUCAAGGCUGGGGCUGCAGUCUUCAUCCCUGACAAGGAUGGUCUCAGUCCACUCUAUGUUGCCAGCCAAGAGGGACACACUGAGGUGGUGGAUGUUCUGGUGAAAGCAGGAGCUGAUGUCAACCAGCCAUGUACCAAGGAUGGUCUCAGUCCACUCUAUGCUGCCAGUGGUAAUGGACACACUGAGGUGGUGGAUGUUCUGGUGAAAGCUGGAGCUGAUAUCAAUCAGGCAACAACCGAGGAACCAUGCAGUGUUCCUCUGGAGAUAGCUGCCCAGGAAGGACAUACUGAGACAGUUCAGAGACUGUUGGAGGCAGGAGCCAACGUCAACCACAAGGACAAGGAUGGUGAUACUCCAGUCAACAUUGCCUCCUGGAAGGGUCAUACAGCUGUAGUUAAACUGCUGAUAGAGAAUGGAGCUGACAUCCGUGUCUGUGAUAAGGAUGGUCGCAGUCCACUCUAUGGUGCCAGUCAGUAAGGGACACUCUGAUGUAGUGGACAUUCUGCUAGAGGCUGGUGCUGAUGUCCACCAGGCCACCACCAAGGUAUGAUCACUGGAGGCUAAUCAGUACAUCCACUAUAGCGUUUUAGAUAUUUUAGCGUGGCUUCUGCGCGUUCAACAGCUUCCUCGAGUAUAGCAAUACCGAUAUC